GUGACAUGGGUCAAAUGCGAGGGCUCCAUAUGUAAUUCCCCCAAUAACGGGUUACGUGUAUAUCAUCAACACGAGCCCUAGUUACAAAUCGACCAGAAUCAGAACAGCCCCCAAAAGUAUUACUGUAAUCUUCAAGCGAACCAAGCUCGGCAACGAUCCGAACAGGGUCACUUCAAAUGGCUGGGAGAAAUCGCAUUCAUCGUGAUGCAUUUGACAAUCGACGUGGGUAUCCCCCAGAAGGGCCUCUUGUCCGAGUCCCUUUGCCUCGUCAACUGCCGCCUCAUCCUGCUAUGUUGGAGGAAGAAAUUGAAAUGCAGCAUGUUGAAAUCCGGAGGCUUGUGGCUGAAAAUCGGAGGUUGGUUGAAGAUCGCGUGGCCCUGCAGCGUGAACUUGGUGCUGCUAAGGAGGAACUUCAUCACAUGAAUAUUGUCAUCGGUGAUAUUCGUGCAGAACAAGAUAUGCAUUCAAGGGAGCUUAUUGAGAGAGGUUUGAAGCUGGAAGCUGAUCUCCGUGCUACCGAACCUCUGAGAAAUGAGGUUGUACAACUUCGUGCCGAAGUUAAAAAGCUAAAUACUGCAAGGCAGGACCUAGCAGGGCAAGUCCAGAACCUCACACAAGAUCUUGGAAAGUUGAAAGCUGAUAAUCAGCAGAUUCCACGUUUGAGGUCUGAAAUUGAUGGAUUGCACCAGGAGCUUAUGCGUGCUAGAAAUGCUAUUGAUUACGAAAAGAAGGCAAAUAUUGAGCUGAUGGAACAGAGACAAGCAAUGGAGAAGAACUUAGUGUCCAUGGCACGGGAAGUUGAAAAGCUGCGUGCAGAACUGUCAAAUGGUGACGGCAGACCAUGGCCUGCUGGUGGAGCAUAUGGGAUGAAAUACAGCAGCCCUGAAGGGAGCUUCCCAGGUCCUUAUGGAGAUGGAUAUGGGGUUCAUCUGGGUGCUGCUGACAAGGGCCCUCUCUAUGGUUCGGGUUCUGCAUCAUGGGGAGGACUUGAGAAAUCUCGGAUGACUCGGCGUUGAAAGCUGGAUUAAGUUUGCAUUGCAAAACAACCACACCUUUUACUUGUUUGUCGGCUGUCCAGUAUAUAAAAUGGGCUAGAAGUGUUUAAUUCUUGUUAUGCGUACGUAUCGCAUCAGUAGUCUUCUAUCUGAACGAUGUUCAUUAUCUUAGGCAACUUAUUGGGAAGUAAGGCUACUUUACUUUGACUUAUUCACCUGCUGGAUUGUUUGCUUAGAUUAUCACAUAUUAGUAUCGUAAAGUAUGGCUUUAGUUUCUCCCUU